AUGUUGCCGGUGAGGCAUUGGACAAGCACAGCACAUCUGCAGGACUUGGAAAAAUUGGGAUGCCUAGUUUUGUAUGAAGUUGAUGUACACAACAUGAACGAGCAUCCAGAUUUGAAGCAAAUGAAAUUUGAUGUCAUACUAUUUAACUUUCCGCACGCAGGGCAUUAUUCUUGGUUGCAUGAAAGAGACUCCAUUCUUAUUCGGAUGCACCAAGAUUUGAUAGCAGCUUACUUCAAAACAGCCAAAGAAAUGGUGCAAGAAGAAGGUGAAAUUCAUGUAACUGUUAGGGAUGAUGAUCCCUACAACACAUGGGAAGUUGAGAAGCUAGCAGAAUGUGCAGGUUUACAACUGAAAGACAAAGUUGAAUUUAGACAGGAGAACUAUCCAGGGUACCACAACAAGAGAGGAGGCAACAUAAAUUGUAACAAAAAAUUUCCACUGAAAGCAUGUUACACUUACAAAUUCACUUUGAAAGUGAGUGCUGUGGAGACUAGUGAUGGCAGCGAAGUGAAUGACAGUGCCAGCAGUGAAGUCACUUGUAUUAUAACCACAGUGGAGGAUCUACAAAUUUGA